UUGUUAGUUGAUUCCUCUUUCUCUAUGUUCCUUCUCAUUAUUAUAAGCAUUGGUGCCUUGUUGCUCACAAGGUGAUUGAAGAAAUGGGCAAGAGAGGAACAAAGUUGCCAGGCUUCUGCCUCAACAGAAUCCGGCCUCAUGCUCGUGUCCGUUCCCCGCCUGUACAACCCAAGCUUGAUUCCAGUGCCGUCAAAACUGACCUUCAAAACGAGAAUUCCAGUGAAGAUUGUGAGAAGAAAUCCGGCGAUGGGGUGAAAAAUGGGGUUGUUGCUGGUAGGAAAAUCAUGAUUGUGGUUGAUUCUAGUUUUGCAGCCAAGGGAGCUGUGCACUGGGCACUCACUCACACAGUUCAGAGCCAGGACAUGAUAAUACUUCUUCAUGUGACUAAGCCUUCUAAACAAGCCUCAGAUGAAGAGUCCAGCAAGGAGAUUACUACUCCAAAUCCAAGAGCUUAUGAACUUGUCUCUUCCUUCAAGAAUAUGUGCCACGUCAAGAGACCUGAAGUACAAAUUGAGAUUGUAGUAGUGGAAGGGAAGGACAAGGGCCCAAAAAUAGUGGAAGAAGCAAGAAAAGAAGGCGUAUCACUUCUGGUUUUAGGGCAGAAGAAGAGGUCCACGACAUGGCGUCUUCUGAUGAUGUGGGCUGGCCACCGCGUCGCCGGCGGCGUGGUGGAGUACUGCAUACAGAAUGCUCAUUGCAUGGCAAUCGCAGUGAGAAGAAAAGGCAAGAAAGCUGGAGGCUAUAUGAUCACCACUAAGCGUCACAAGGAUUUUUGGCUCUUAGCUUAAUAGUAAUCAAUCAUCUCAAUAACCAUCCUGCAGAUUUGUUGUCCAAAGAGUUCUUUUCUUUUUUUAAUAUUCUUUUUUUGGGUAUUACCAUUGGUGUUGUCUUCUUUUAUGCUUUUGGUCAAAGGAAGGCAAGACAUUCACUGUGAG